AGGCGGAGCUUAGCUGGUGACGGAACCACAUUGGCUGGCUAGCGGCUGAGCGAGGCGGGUCCGCACGGCUGCUGAACUGACCGGAGAACGCUGAUACUAGAAUUUGAGCCUGAGCGCGAUUCGGAGCCUGAGCCCCAGACCACCGCAGGUCCUCAGGAUGCUGACUGCCCGACUCUUGCUGCCCCGGCUCCUCUGCCUCCAGGGCAGGACUACCUCUUACUCUACAGCAGCUGCUCUCCCGAACCCAAUCCCAAACCCAGAGAUUUGCUACAACAAGCUGUUCAUCAACAACGAGUGGCAUGAUGCGGUCAGCAAAAAGACCUUCCCCACAGUGAACCCCACUACAGGUGAGGUCAUUGGGCAUGUGGCCGAAGGUGACCGGGCAGAUGUGGAUCUGGCUGUAAAAGCAGCCCGAGAAGCCUUCCGCCUGGGGUCCCCAUGGCGCAGGAUGGAUGCCUCAGAGCGGGGCCGGCUGCUGAACCGCCUAGCUGAUCUUGUGGAACGAGAUCGAGUGUACUUGGCCUCACUGGAGACGCUAGAUAACGGGAAACCUUUCCAGGAGUCUUAUGUCUUGGAUCUGGAUGAAGUCAUCAAGGUGUACCGUUACUUCGCUGGCUGGGCUGACAAGUGGCAUGGUAAGACCAUCCCUAUGGAUGGUGAGCAUUUCUGCUUCACCCGACAUGAGCCAGUGGGUGUCUGUGGCCAGAUAAUCCCUUGGAACUUCCCACUGGUCAUGCAGGGCUGGAAGCUGGCCCCGGCACUCGCCACGGGCAACACUGUGGUCAUGAAGGUGGCAGAGCAGACCCCACUCUCUGCUCUGUACUUGGCCUCCCUCAUCAAAGAGGCGGGGUUUCCCCCAGGAGUGGUGAACAUCAUCACUGGCUACGGCCCCACGGCGGGAGCUGCCAUCGCUCAGCACAUGGAUGUGGAUAAAGUCGCCUUCACGGGCUCCACUGAGGUAGGCCACCUGAUUCAGAAGGCAGCUGGCGAGUCUAACCUCAAGAGAGUCACCCUGGAGCUGGGUGGGAAGAGCCCCAGCAUUGUGCUGGCAGACGCUGACAUGGAGCAUGCCGUAGAUCAGUGUCACGAAGCCCUUUUCUUCAACAUGGGCCAGUGCUGCUGUGCAGGCUCCCGGACAUUCGUGGAAGAGUCCAUCUACCGUGAGUUUCUCGAGAGAACUGUGGAGAAGGCCAAGCAGAGGAAAGUGGGGAACCCCUUUGAGUUGGACACCCAGCAGGGACCUCAGGUGGACAAGGAGCAGUUUGAACGAAUCCUGGGCUACAUCCGGCUGGGACAGAAGGAAGGGGCAAAGCUUCUCUGUGGCGGGGAGCGUUUGGGGGAGCGCGGCUUCUUCAUCAAACCCACAGUCUUCGGGGACGUUCAGGAUGGCAUGAGGAUCGCCAAGGAGGAGAUCUUUGGGCCCGUGCAGCCUCUGUUCAAGUUCAAGAAGAUCGAGGAAGUAAUCCAGAGAGCCAACAACACCAGGUAUGGCCUGGCUGCGGCUGUGUUCACCCGAGACCUGGACAAGGCCAUCUACUUCACGCAGGCCCUGCAAGCUGGGACGGUGUGGGUGAACACCUAUAACAUUGUCACCUGCCACACGCCAUUCGGAGGCUUUAAGGAAUCUGGCAAUGGCAGGGAGCUGGGGGAGGACGGGCUCAGAGCCUACACGGAGGUGAAGACUGUCACCAUCAAGGUUCCCGAGAAGAAUUCCUGAGAUUGGCCAUCUUGGAGGCCCAGCCCUGUCCUGCAGCUCCGUGACAUCUAGCCAGUGGAGGGCAAAAUCUGAUUUCAGCCUGAGUUCCCAGUGAAGUGUUACAAGAAGUGUCAACCAAUAAAGUAGUCCAGCCAGAGCUUUUCUACUUAAAGCAGAGACGGUGGCUGGGCCCAGAGUGCAGCCCAUUUCAUCCCUCGGUCCCACCUCUCUGAUGAGUUAUAGCCAAGAAGCCUUAGGAGUCUCCAUAAGGCAUAUUCAAAACCACUGACUGGCCAUAAAAAGGAGUGAUGGGCUGAUCCCGGGGCCACAGGGAUCCUCAAAAACAGAACGAUCAGUGAAGGACGCCGGCCCCACAUCGAUCAGUGUUUGGCUGGGACCCGGGGGAGGGGAAUGGGGAAGGACCACUCGUGGAUGUGGGGCUCCUCUUGGGGGAGGUUUUGAAAAUGUUGUGGAAUUGGGCAAUGGACACAGUUGGACAACUUUGCAGUCAUACUGAUUUACUAUCAAAUUAUGCACUUAAUUAAGGUAUGGGAAUUAAUUUCACUUGAAAAUUAAAAUAAGCUCAGUGUCCUAUUUGCAAAUCUG